ACUUGAGAGAGGGUUCUGUUGUGCCUCUUAAACGCGCCGGGCAGCUGAGCUCCACGGAAGGGCAGCGGCUGGCCCCGGAUUGGUCAAGUGCGUUAGGGCGAGAGCAGAAUUAGACGUAGAUCCUUUUCUCCUGCUCACCUCUAGUGCCCGGCCUGGAUCUCUUCCCCGCGAGAGUUCUAUGCCCAACUCACCGUGGCACCUAGAGCCAGUCGUUGCCUGUCGCUGGGCCUCAGUUUUCCUAUGAGGAAACUGAGGCUCAGAGAGGUUAAGUGACUUGGCCAAGGUCAAACAGCUAGUAAGCGGUGGAGCCAGGACUCAAACCCAGUCUAGGAGCCAUGUCCACGUUGUUUCCCUCACUCUUCCCCCGUGUGACUGAGACACUGUGGUUUAAUCUGGAUCGACCCUGUGUGGAGGAGACAGAGCUGCAGCAGCAAGAACAGCAGCAUCAGGCCUGGCUCCAGAGCAUUGCAGAGAAAGACAACAACCUCGUACCUAUUGGCAAGCCGGCCUCAGAGCACUAUGAUGACGAGGAAGAGGAAGAUGAAGACGACGACGAGGACAGUGAAGAGGACUCGGAGGAUGAUGAGGACAUGCAGGACAUGGAUGAGAUGAAUGACUACAAUGAGUCACCUGACGAUGGAGAGGUCAAUGAGCCUCCUCUCCAGGUGGACAUGGAAGGCAACGAGCAGGAUCAGGACCAGUGGAUGAUCUAGGUAGACAAGGCAGGGUGGUCUCAGAAAGACUCCAGGCCCGCCCAACCUAUCCUGGAGCCCCUGCAGACCCAGCUGAUCACCCAACCCCCCCUGCCCCGGUGCCUGAAAGCUCACCCUCGGGCACCUCCUUAGCUGCUGCCAGCACCUGGUAUCCUUGGCCCCUCCCAGGCCAUCAGUCUGCCCUUGAAUCCGCAGAGCCUGAGCCCACCCCACCUUUCUGGCCAGCACCUCAUCCCUUGGUUGCCAGAUCUAGUCUCUUUCUAACUCUCUUUAAUAAAGACACAGGACUGAUUUUUUUCCCCA